AUGACUUUAAGAGCCGCUGAAAAAGGCGGUCCCGGCGAGGAAGCGGAGGGGGAUGCAGGAGGCCAUUCUGACGAAGAGGGAGAGGACGGAUCGCUGGAUAUGGAGCCGAUGGAUCUCGAGGAAUGCUUGCGCAAUCUGCCGGUAGUUGCGGCGGAGGAGGUGGUUCAGCGCCGGCUAAACCGCCUCCGAAAGCUCAUGGCGGUGUACCGCGGGCAGUACUGGGCGCUGCUGGAGGAGCUGCGCGCCAAGUACCGCCGAUUCUGCAUGCGCACAGGGGAGAGCGGAUGGAAAGAGCCCGCGCAUCCUUCCGCCACUGGCGGAACAGGCGGAGCGGGAGAAGGCAGCGACUUCCCCUUUCCGCCUGCUUCGCGCCCCCACGCGCCUCUUCCGCCUCCGCCGCCCCCCCUUGCCCCCCCUUUUUCGAGAGAUACUAGUCUCAGGGCAGCAGCUGGAGGAAACGGGCUAGAGAGUGGCGGAGCAGGGGGGGACCGCGGAGCUGAGGGGGAAGGCGGAGCAGCAGGGGGAAACGGGGCAGCGGGUGCGGGGGGAGCAGCAAGGCCGGAGCCGCACGCGCCUGACAAACCAGCGAAUGCCACGUUGCACUGCGCGGCGCCUGGGCCGUGCCUGGCGAAGCCCCUGGCAUUGUCUGUCUUCUGUUUGAAUCACAUUCUUUUAGAGCCGCGCCAGAGGCUGGGCUCCAAUAGCGGGGCGCACCUGCCCUGCGGACGCCCCGCCUUUUCCGCCUUCUCCCCCGUCCUCUGCGCCCACCACCGCCACCUCAUUCCGCCAGCUCAGCAGCCCUUCCCGCCACGUCACCGGGGGUACCUGGACCCCGUGAUAGUGGAAGGGGGCGCGAGUGGGGGAAGGGGGGGCGGGGAGAAGGGUGGAAAAGGGGGGAGGAAGCGGAGGAAGAAGGGGAAGGGGGGUAGGAGGAGAGGCAUGGGCGAUGGAGCAGGAGGGGGGGAUGGGGCGGGGCUAGGGGAAGGGAAGAACCAGGUGGGAGUGCUUACACUGAGUGUGAUUAUAACGGAGAUGGUUAGGACGAUUCAGACCCAACGGAGGAUGUUAGAGGAAGAGGAGGACGAGGGGAGAGAGGAGGGGAGGAGAGAGGUGAGGGAGGAGAAUGGAGAGGUGCAGAGCGGUGGAAGCGCGGAGGGGGUGAGAGGAGAAGGGGAGUUAAAUAGAGUGAGAGAGGGGAGCGGAGGAGGAGGAGGUGGGAAGGGAAGGGCAGAAGGGGUGUCUGUAAGAGUCGACAGGUCAGCGGGUCCUCUUUUUGAGUUGACUCAAAAGCAUGCGCAAUCAGGCACAGUGGACAGGUCAGCUGGUCCUGAGGAGAGUUUUGAGGGGGAGGGCUUUGCAGACUACUUCUGGCAUCCAGGGGGGUUCAUCGACGGCUCAGAUGCAGCCGCGGCUGGCUUCUGGUUACCACCAGAUGCUCCUCCUGCUAUUCCUGAUGCUCCUGUUCUUCCUGCCGCUCCUGCAAUUCCCCCUGCUGCUCCCGCUCCUCCUCCUGCUCCUGCUAUUCCUGCUGCUCCCGCUCCUCCUGCUCCUGCUGUUCCUGCUGCUCCUGCUGCUCCUGCUGCUCCUGCUGCUCCUGCUGCUCCUGCUGCUCCUGCUUCUCCUGCUGUUCUUCUUGCUGCUUCUAUUCCUGCUGCUGCCCCUGCUAAAACCCUGGUUUAG